AUGGCGGCACCAGGCCUCAGGAUCGAUGGCAUACGGUUCAGAGACUCGGAGAAUCGUGAGAUCACCUUUCGGGGCAUCAAUGUCGCUGGAGACUGCAAGUUUCCACGCUACCCGGAUCAGCCAUCUCAUCAACUCAAUGGCUUUUUCGACGCCGACAACGUCUCGUUUGUAGGACGACCGUUUACAGAAGAGGAGGCACAUGUACACUUUGCGCGAUUGAAGAGAUGGGGCUAUAAUGUCAUUCGGUACAUUUUCACUUGGGAGGCUCUCGAGCAUGCAGGUCCCGGAGUCUACGACGAGGACUUUAUCGAUCAUACGAUCAAAAUCCUGCGAAUAGCAAAGUCAUACGGCUUCUAUAUCUUUAUGGAUCCUCAUCAGGACGUCUGGUCAAGAUUUACCGGCGGUUCCGGUGCUCCCCUAUGGACUCUGCAUGCCUGUGGCCUGGAUCCUGAAAGAUUUACUGCCAACCAAGCCGCGGUUGUUCACAAUACCUGGCCGGAGCCUGCUAAAUUCCCCAAGAUGCUUUGGCCGACGAAUUACACCCGUCUUGCCACCCAAGUCACCUUUACCCUGUUCUUUGCCGGCCGGGAUUUUGCACCCAACGCCAUCAUAGACGGCAAGAACAUCCAAGACUAUCUAACCGACCAUUUUGUUGACGCUUGUGCUCACUUGGCACAGAGGAUACACGAUGCCGGUGGACUGGAAAACGAGUGCAUAAUAGGGUGGGAAACAAUGAACGAACCCCAUCGGGGCCUGGUUGGAUGGGAAGAUCUAGACGAACUGCCGGACGACUUGAAAAUGAGAAAAGGCACGUGUCCUACACCGUGGCAGGCCAUCCUCACAGGUUCUGGGCGUGCGGUCGAGAUCGACGUCUACGAUUUCAAUACCUUUGGGCCAUACAAGAGCGGAAAGGAGUUGGUGGACCCUGAAGGAGUGUCGGCCUGGCUACCCAAAGACUUUGACGACUCCAAAUAUGGCUGGAAGCGAGACCCUGGUUGGAAACUUGGCGAAUGCUUAUGGGCUCAGAAUGGCGUCUGGGACCCGAGCCAGGACCUACUAUUGAAGAAGGACUACUUUGCCUCCCUACCCAAGUCAGGCGACAAGUUGGAUUACGUAAAAUUCACGAACCUAUACUAUAUGCACCACUUCCGGAAAUACCGCGACGCCAUCCGCUCCGUCCACAAAAAUUGCAUGAUCCUGAUGCAGUCGGCAGUACUCGAAAUACCUCCCCUCAUCAAGGAUACCGCGGACGAUGAGAAAAGAUUGAUCUUCGCAUCACACUACUACGAUGGGCUGACCUUGAUUCAAAAGCACUGGAACAAGUAUUACAAUGUCGAUAUUUUCGGCCUUUUACGGCAUCGCUAUUCGAGCCCAGCAUUCGCUGUCAGGCUAGGUCAAACUGCCAUACGGAAUUGUCUCCGAGAUCAACUUCGAGCGAUAAGGGACGAGGGAUUGGAAAACCUGGGCGAACACCCAACUCUAUUCACCGAGAUCGGCAUUCCUUUCGAUAUGGAUGACAAGUACGCCUACAAGACUGGCGACUAUUCGAGUCAAACAUCUGCCCUGGAUGCAAAUCACUACGCUCUGGAGGGAUCCGGUGCCCAGGGCUACACUUUAUGGACAUACGUUGGACAGAAUAACCACGAAUAUGGCGACUUGUGGAACGGCGAAGACCUUUCUAUUGUCUCUGUCGAUGAUCCCCUUCUGCCGCCUAGCUCUUCUAUGUCCCGACUGAAAGACCCAAAUCAGUCCACGUCUUCAUUAGGCCAGGGGUCAGACGGAUAUUCCGGCGUUACUCUGUCCAGCUCUACUGUCAACCCUUCGAACAUCAAGGACGUGCUGAGGCAACCGGAAAUUGCCCAGAAGCCUUCCUCCGCUGGUUCCUAUUCCUCGUCAAACCCCGGGCUGCGAGCUGCCGAAGCAUAUGUGCGGCCUUCACCCAUCGCCACAGUAGGCGACGUCGUCAACUAUGGCUUUGACUUAGCAAAAGUGACGUUCACGUUCAGCUUGGUCGCUGACCGCGCCACAAAGGAGGAUGUGCCCACCGAGAUUUACCUUCCGGAAUUCCACUUCCCAGUUGGCAAGACCAAUGUCGAUGUGAGUGGAGGUAGAUGGAGGAUCGAUGCCGUGGAUGUGGACGGUGAGAGUAUGCAAGUCAUGAAGUGGUGGCACGGUGUCGGAGAACAGACGAUGACUGUGAAGGGCGUCAAGAGAAAGCCAGGUGCGUUGGAAGAAGAGGCUGAAACUGAGGCCGGAUAUAUUGAUACGAUGAAGUCCUCGAUGGAAAAUUGUAGCGUUAUGUGA